UGUAUGCUCUCUUCACUCGAUGAUCCUCCACAAACAUACAAUUCUGGGGCUUUCACGUAAACCACCAAGAGAUGUAAUUUAUUAAAUGCUGGUGGUCCAAAUUUUUGGCGUGUAAUUAAGAGAAAAACAACACUACUAGAGCGAGGGAGCUCACAGGUCCACCUACAGCCGACCUUUGCAAUUAAUAAAUCCCUGUCCUACACACUUCCCUUCCACCGUUGGGAUGAGAACGUCGAGGGUUGAACCAGUGUUUAUGAUCAAAAUGCUAGCUUCAAAUAGGAAAUACAGGUAGCUGCCGGAGCCUCUGAAGGAGAAAAUGGAAGAAGAUAAAUUGAGGACGAUCGACUGCUUGAGAGGGAGGCUGUUGGCCGAGAGAGUGGCUUCAAAGGCUGCUAAGGAGGAAGCAGAUAAGUUAGCCAAGAGGUUGCAAGAGCUGGAGGGGAAGCUUGCUGAAGAGAUCAAAUGCAGAGACAGAGCUGAAAGGAAGCUCAAGAAAGCUAUAAAGAAAUUGGAAUCCAGCAGUGCAUUAGGCGGCAAUCGGCAAAUGGAAAUGCCUCUGAGUUCUGUCAGUUCUUCGUCCUCCCAAUGCUUUUCUGUGGCUCGAAGUGGUCUGCAAGAUGUCGAAAUGAGGCCUUGUUCUUUGGUGUCAGAGGAUCUUAUCAAAGGCGAUGAUGCCUCUGGGAGUUCAAUGGGGGAAUCAGCUCAUCGAGUGGUUUCUCAAGAUGACAAUAAGUUGGCACUUGUUCCAGUAGGAGGGCAGCCGGUUGAUACUAAGGACAACGUGCAGCGGGUUCUUUUGGCACUAAGAAAUGCCAAAGAGCAAUUGAUUCAGUCUAUAAGAAUGAGGGCUGAUAUAUAUCCUUCAAGGGAUUACUUUGCUUAUCAGAGAAUUAAACUGCCAUAGUUCAACUGUCUUCUGCCAGAUUUCCUAUUAAAUUUGAGUAAAAAGAAGAUAUAUUAUUAUUAUUA